CUCCCGGCGGAGGCCAUGGCGGCGCCCAAGGUGGCCGUGGUGGGCGCYGGCGUGGUGGGGCUCUCCACGGCGCUGAGCGUGGCGGGCGCCUUCCCCGCCUGCUCCCUCGCGCUGCUCGCCGAGCGCUUCAGCCCCGGCACCACCAGCGACGUGGCGGCCGGCAUGCUCAUCCCUCACGCCGUCCCAGACACCCCGAUCCACGUGCAGAAGCAGUGGUUCAGAGAGACCUUCACCUACCUUUUUGCCAUCAGCAAUUCAGCGGAGGCGUCCGAGGCCGGCGUUCACCUCGUGUCCGGCUGGCAGGUCUUUAAGAGCGCUCCCGAGGAGGAGCUGCCAUUCUGGUCUGACGUCGUCCUGGGAUUUCGAACAAUGUCCGAGGCCGAACUCCAGAAAUUCCCACAGCACAGAUAYGGUCAGGCCUUCACGACCCUGAAAUGUGACUGCCCACCCUACCUGCUGUGGAUGGAGAAAAGGUUGAAAGCAAAGGGUGUCCAGAUGUGUACCAGGAAAGUAGCAAGCCUGUGGGAGCUGCACAGCGAAUACGACAUCGUCGUCAACUGCGCCGGCAUCGGUGCCCGCCGGCUCGUCGGGGACCAGCAGCUGCUCCCCGUCAGGGGCCAAGUCCUCCAGGUUCACGCUCCUUGGGUGAAAAACUUCAUCCGGGACGGGGACGGCUUAACUUACAUCUACCCAGGGAUAAGCAGCGUAACCCUGGGGGGGACCAGGGAAAAGGAGAGCUGGAGCCUUUGCCCUGAUCCCGGCACUGCCAAAGGCAUCUUUGGCAGAUGCUGUUCCCUGGAGCCGUCGCUCCAGGCAGCGCGGGAUGUGAAGGUGAAGGUGGGUCUGAGGCCGUCCCGAGGGAGCGUGCGGCUGCAGAGGGAGGUUUGGAGCCAAGCAGGAGCCAAGCUCCUCGUGGUCCACAACUACGGGCACGGCUCGGGCGGCUUUUCCAUGCACUGGGGCACAGCCAAGGAGGCUGCGCGGCUYGUAGGGGAGUGCAUUGCCCUCCUGCAGGGCUCCUCAUCCAGGGCCAAGCUCUGAGCCUCAGGGGCUCUUUCCUGCUAGUGACAGGCUCAUUGCAUCCCCUAGUGGCAUCCCUGGACCCCGGGAUGGAAGGAGCUGAAGCUGACAGCUAGUGCCAUUGCAGAUGCUGGGUGCUAUCCCACCUGGCUUGCAGCUGGCGCUCCAGGAAGGCGGGAUGGGGUGAUCCACGCUUCCCUGCAGCUUGCCUGCUUCCCCCAUCCACUGUUGUUCCUGCCUCAGUGAUUUCUCCUAUUUUUGUGUUGAGGAGGGUGAGGGAAAAUAAGUGUGUGUCAUACCGCAGGAAUCAGAUUGCUGAAGUAUAAUAUAAAUGACAUAAAUUUACCGUUUGCUCAUCUGCAUCUAAUUUGUGUUGGAUUAGCUAGAUUCAGGUUCAGCAGAGAAACUAUUUUUUUUUUCCCCAUUGCACUAAAUCUAAGCUGAUGCUGCCCGUGUUCCUGCCUUCUAGCUAACAAUUUUUCCAUAGAGUUUACAGGGAAACGAACCCCCACGUAGUGCUGCAUUGCAGUGCUCCAGCUCAGCUCCUGCAAAAAACCAACAUUUAGUCACUGUCACAUGCCGUGACCACACAAGCAUGAUUGUAAGAGCAGAAUAUGGGCUGAUCACUGCAUUCACCAAUGUUACACCCUAGGAGAACCAUGACGUUUCUGUGAGAAGUAGCCCUGUAGUCACCCUAUAGCACAACCUAUAAUUUUAUUUUUUCUCAUGACAAUUUGGAAAUCUSUCUUUUUUUGUUUUUUCCAUAUAUCACCUCAGUAACAGCUUUGUCAUGGUCUGUCUCUGAUAGAAGAGGAUUUUUAGGGUAGGCUUGGGGUUCAGCCUUUCUCUGCUACUUCUCAGCAGCACUUGCAGUGUUCUUGCUGCUUUUCUUGCAGCAGCUGAUAGGAUCGGCCAGGGACACACCAACAUGGAUCUUAGCACCAAUUUCAGUUACAUAAGAGAGAGAAGAGCCAUUUAUGCCAAGAUAAGCACUAUAAAGACAGUUUUUUUUCUGCAAUGGGCUGYGAAUGAAAUGAUGUCUCCUAAUGUAGCCAAGCUGUGGCAGCCCUGACUGUCGCUCCAUAAGAAAGGCUAAGCUGAACUUUCCACUUUCCACAUUUCAAGCCCUUGGAUGUGCCUGAAGAUAUUCGCUGCUCAGAAUUAGAGCUUCAGACCUGUCAAAGUACAGGAUGAAUGCCUGACUGUUAGGGAUUAACUGCUCAUUAGGUCUCAAAUGAC